CUUUAUUUUCAAAAGACUCCCGAUAUUCGCACAUUUCUGGACAUUGCUUUGCCUGCAGCAUAUAUUAGAAAAGGAGAUAGUGUUGACCAAGCUACAGCACCUUCAACAAAACCUUCAAAGGAUGAAGAUAUAUCCAGACAUUGUUUGUUUGAGGAAGAGCAACAUCGUGCUGUUCUAACGCAUAGCUUCUUGCCACUCGAAAUCGAAGAACUACCACAUGAGGCCAAGGAUGUACUCAAACGCUUGCUAGAGGUGGAUCCAAAACAGCGUUUGCAUUCGGUCUUGACACUGCAAAAAAUCGCACUAUACAAAAAUUUUAAAAUUGAUUCAAAAUAUUUGCUAAAUCUCCGUCCAAUGGAUCUGAUAAGCCCUGAAGAUAUUGUUGCCUUUACACAUUCCUCCGAAGACGAAAGUGACUGGGAAGAAAGACAAUUUUACAAAUUUUAAAUCCAAUAAUUAAGUAAUAUCAGUCAAGUAUAUACUUCUAUUUAAUACAAAAGGAUUCAUGUAUGAAUUCCUGCAGAACAAAAUGUGUCAUAUACAUACGUCCAAAAAAUUUCGAUAUAACGGAGAUGAAGGGUUUGGACAAAUGCUACGUUAUAUUUACAGUUUCGUUAUAUUUAUAGAAUAUCAAAACCUCGAUAUAACGAAAUUUGCAAAAUUUAGAAAAAA